CAAGAAGGAAGGAUGGAGGAAGAACGGGAUGCGCCUAAGAGGCCAUGGGAUACCUGUCGAGAGGUUCCCAUCAUUGAAGAUGAGCAGACGCCAUGGAAGAUGAUCAAGCUACUAAAGAUCAUCACUCUGUGUAUCGUCACUGUGUUUGUGUUUGGAUUAGCGCUAUGUAGCAAGGCUUCAUUCCUCCUCCUCAUCACCUUGUCCAACGAAGGCACAAAAACCCUCCCAGAUGAAAUGAGACCUGUUGCUUUGCUUUGCAUUGGCUGCAUUCUCAUCAUUUCCAGUGUCUUCUUAUUACUCAAAAGCUUAUGGAAGGCAUGCUACAAAACAUCAAAGCUACCAAGAAAAUCAACUAUUGCCCUGGUUCUGUUCUUCGAGUUUGUGGUGGCUAUGGGAGCAGCGAUCCUCACCAUCGUGGCAAUGCCACACUUGGACAUUGCGACAAACGUGACAAUACUGAAUGGUAUAGCUGUUGUCUCUGCACUCCUACAGGUGAUCUGUCAAUGCACCGCCAAAGAAAGGAACCGCUUCCUGGUGCCAUCCAUCACCGCCUUCCUCCUCCUUUUGCUCGGUUAUAUCCUGUUCCUCUUCUUAUACAUCACCAAGGACCCCACUGAUGUCAAGAUGGCCAUUUGGGUGGGUCUGGCAGUUGGCGGGUGCUUCUUGGUUUCUUUUAACUGGUGGGAGAGCUACUUCAGACUGAUCAGCGAGAACAGCAGAAACGUCAUUCUCAAGAACCUGUGUAAAGACAUAACAAAGUGCCAGAACAUUCUGAACAUUCUCUCCAGCCUGCUCAGGAUCGCAGUGACUGCCGGUGUGCUCGGAGCUUACGUCCAUCUGGACAAAAUGGACUGGGCCAUUGUGACCUCCAUUCCAAGCCGUGAGACCAGAAUUAUAGCCAUUAUCAUUGGGGUCCAGCUGAUCUCCUCUGCACUCUGCCACUGGUUCUCUUUGGCAGCCUGCAAGAUGCACGCCCUGCGACGGUCCUUCAUCCUCCCUUUGUACCUGGCCUCUCUGGCCGUCAUGGUUCUGUUCAUCGUCCCCGUUAUUGUUUACUAUCAAGACUACAAAUUAAGUCUGAAUGGGACUUCAGUCAACUUCACAGGCUACUGCAAUGAAGUUGUAGAUGGAAGAAACCUAAGCUUGAACGGCAAUGUGUUCCCUGAGCUGGUUUUGGAUGUUACACACACCCUGUGCUUCCUGGACAUGUCUAGGAUAACCGACAUUGGCUUACUGACAGGUUCAGCAGUAUCCUGGUGGCUUGGUCUUGUGUUGGCAACUCUCCAUCUGUGGUACCUCAACGUGUAUCGUAUUCAGAGGACCCAAGACCUUUUCAUGAGGAGGCUGUAUGAGGGAGCCUUCAUUGAGCAGUCCCUGCUCCUCAACACCCGAUUUGACAUCCAGACCAAAUCCAGGACAAAGACUUUUAGACCAUUUGAAACAGCAAUGGUGUAUCUGUGUGCAACAAUGUGGCAUGAAACCUACGAUGAAAUGAUGAACAUCAUUAUCUCAAUAUUCAGACUGGACAAGUACAGACCAAAGAUAGGGCCGAAAUCCAAGGAUUUCACUUUCGAAGCCCAUGUCUACUUUGAUGAUGCAUUCCUGGAUGUUGAAGGGAGUCGGGGGCGUCACCUAAACCAAUACGCAGAGACCCUUGUGGGAGUCCUUGCAGAAGUUUAUGGCAUCUUCACAAACAUUGAUGAGAAGUUCUUCAGAAAGACGCAGCAGAUCCCUGAUCAGAAGGUUGUAAGGACACCGUAUGGAGGUCGCCUGGUGCUCACCAUGCCUCAUGGUAACACCAUCACGGUUCACUUUAAGGACAAAGAACUCAUCCGUCACAAGAAAAGAUGGUCUCAGAUCAUGUACCUCUACUAUCUUCUUGGCUAUAAACUUAUGACCAAAUAUUACGAGCGCUGGCAGAAGGGAGAGAAUGAGGCUGAGCUGAAAGCAGAGAUCCAGAAAGAGAAGCACAACACCUACCUUCUGGCUUUAGACGGGGACACAGACUUCCAACCGGCUGCCGUGGUGCUGCUCAUCGAUCGCCUGAAAAUGUACCCACGUGUCGGGGCAGCGUGUGGCAGGAUUCACCCCACGGGAUCAGGUCCUGCAGUUUGGUUCCAGAAGUUUGAGUAUGCUGUCAGUCAUUGGCUGCAAAAGACAGCAGAGCACGUCAUUGGCUGUGUGCUGUGCAGCCCCGGGUGCUUCAGUCUGUUCAGAGCGGAGGCACUGAUGGACGACAACGUGAUGAAGAGAUACUCCACUACGUCCAUUGAGGCGGGCCACUACAUCCAGUAUGAUCAAGGUGAGGACCGCUGGCUGUGUACUUUGCUGCUGAAGCAAGGAUGGAGGGUGGAGUACAACGCAGCAUCUGAUGCUUACACCAACGCACCUGAGAACUUCAAAGAACUCUAUAACCAGCGUCGGCGAUGGGGACCGUCCACAAUGGCCAACGUGGUUGAUCUGCUGGGUGCCACCAAGAUAAUUUCCAAGAGAAACCCGUCAAUGUCCAAACCCUUCAUGUUGUACCAGCUCUUUGCCAUCACGUCAGCCGUCCUGGCCCCAGCCACAAUCUGCCUUUUGAUCGCAGGUAGUUUGACCUUCGUUCUUGACGUCCAUGCUGCCGGUGCCCUGGUCAUGGCUGUGAUACCUCCUCUCAUCUACUUGGGUCUUUGCUUCAAACUCAAGUCAGACACUCAGAUCACUAUUGCAGCAGUCAUGAGUGUCAUAUAUUCAUUCCUCAUGUUGGUGGUGACAAUGUCCAUUAUUGGUGCAAUGGUGAAGGACAAAACCAUCCUGACACCCAGCAGCAUUUUUGUCAUCGCCAUGGCCAUCAUUUACAUCGUCACUGCUCUAAUGCAUCCUCAGGAAAUUCAUCUGGUAUUCUACGGCUUACUCUACAUCCUCUGCGUCCCCAGUGCCUACCUCUUGCUUACCAUUUACUCCAUGGUCAACAUGAAUAACGUGUCUUGGGGUACACGGGAAGCGAAACCUGCCCCUGGAGCUGCUGCAUCAGUGCCGGCUGCCACGCAAACAAAAACAGGGAAAGCAAAAAACUUCUUCCAGCAGCUCAUCUCAUGUAUGAAAUGCUGCAAAAAAUCCAACCAGACAUCUGGAGGCGGGCAGCCGGUUGUCAGCCAGGAGAACCUGAUCCCAGAGCCCGGACAGCCUGAACCUCAGCCCCAAAACACUUUUGUAGGGAUCCCAGAGGAAGAACAGAGGCAAGCGGAGCCUGAACCUUUUAACUCUCCUAUCCAAUGUUGGGUCACACAACUACAGAGUGUGUCCACUGACAUGCAGCUGGUGGAGGACUCACUCAUCCAGGAGGAGGAGCAGUUCUUUAGGGAGCUACAGAAGAAGUACCUGGAACCUCUGCCCAACGACAAAGAGAAACAAAAAAAGAUAGCUAAUGACCUGAAAGACCUGAGAAACAAGAUAAAUUUUGCAUUCUUCAUCAUCAAUGCGCUGUGGCUGGUGGCGACAUUUACCCUCCAGGUCUUCGAGGAGGACUUCGCCAUCAAGAUCCCUAAAGUUGACCUCAACCUCCAGCCCACAGGAGAAGACAUACAAAUCGAUCCCAUUGCCUUGAUGUUCAUUCUAGGAUUUGCGACAUCGGUUAUAAUCCAGUUCCUUGCAAUGUUCUACCACAGAAUGUACACUCUGAUCCAUUAUGUGGCUUUUCUGGACACAGAACGUAAAGAACCAAAACCUGAAAAGCAGGAAGAGUACAUUUCAGGCAAAAAGGUCAACUCUGUCUCCAGCACCGACUCCAACCCUGAUGAGAAUUCUGAGUCUGAGGAAAGUGAUGAUGAAAUUUACUCCAGAGAUCCUAAUGAAGGGACCAUGGUGUAAACGCAGACUCUGUGCACGAGCACUCCUUAGCACUUUUAAACUUCCACUAUAUGUGAGAUGUUACAAAAAAUGUCUUUAUAAUGUGCAGUAUAUUAUUUAUGAUUACAUCUAGUUAAGUGCAAUUUAUUUAUGAAAGAAAUGUAGUGAUUGAAUUUGUCACAAAGUGGUUUGUAGAAAAAAAUGCAUAAUUUAAUGAAAUAGUGUGAGAAAAAGAAUUCAGGAACAAAACAAGAACACAGCCUCUAAAAACUGUUUGUGUGUGGGAGUAUGUGUGUUGUGUGCAAAUGAAAGCAUCAGACAACAUCAGGUCAGUAAAUGUAACACUGUUAUUGAAGUUUUGUUAGUUUUAUGUUAGCUUGCUGCCUCUGUGUUAAUUGCAUUGUAAUGUGAAGAGGAAUGAAUGAAGUUUAGACCCAGUAUGGGCAACGUGAAGAGGAACAGAACUGUCUGUGUCCACUGUUACAAAAUAAUGAAGUUCUUUUUAUGGUGAACAAACUCAGGGAAAUGAUCACUUUUACUCUGAAAAUCAGGGAAGUUUUAAAUCAGGGAAUAUUUCUUAGAAAUGCCAAAGAGAUUACCUGAUCAUCUGUUUUAGAGCCAAAAAUCCUGAGCUGUAUGAUCAGGACAGCACACACAGUAUAACAUUCAUUUAUUUAUUUUUGCUGUGGUCACUGGUCGUUAUCUUUAUCAAGUAUAUUUGCACAUGAUCUGUAUGUUUUACACUGUGUUUAAAACACCCUGAAUCCCAAACCUUUGAAUAAAAAUUUAGAAAUUUAGCUUUUACUUUUUUAUUGGAAUUUUAUUGCACUAAAAUAGUAAUAAGCCUCCAGGCAGUCAUAAAGUAAAAAGAAAAUAAAUUGUGUGAGGUUUUUUGUAUGCGUGUGUGUCAGUUGCAUGUAAUUCUGGUUAAAAUGUCUGGAUGGUGACAAAAAAACUCCUCUUGAAGUUGCUCUCUAAUGGUUUAAAAUAUAAAAAAGCUGCUGGUGAUGUGAUGUGUAUCAGAGGAGGCACAUCGCCAUCAAAACUGUAACAAACUUUAUCCAGUAUCAGGUCAUGAUCUUUGUUUGUAUUUAUUUUUGAAUGAAGUAGGAAAAAAGUUUACUUACUAAAGUAAAUUUAUAUUCAGUGCUGUAUAAUUUCACCUUUUUGUACAAUGAAAUGAGUUGAAUGUUAGAGGCUGUUUUAUUUCAGUUGUAUUUUGUUCUUGUUCUUGAAUAAAGCACUGAUGAAAGUUUUUUUUA